UUCGUUUCAUUUCACGUGCGUGUUGUGGCCACACCAGAUCAGUGUCCGUAGGUGAUUGUAAAUAGAUUUUCCGCUAAAAAGUGAUAAUUUUCCAGUUUUGUCAGUUAAAUGACCUCCAAAAUGGCAAAAGUGAAGCCGAAAAUGAAACAUCCCAACAGUGGGAAACGUGUGAAAGAUAAGUUCAAGCGAAAACCGAAGCAGCAAAACGGAGGCAAGCCCAAGUUCAAGUUUUCGAUGAAGGAUGAAGAAUCGGAAAUUGGACGAUUGAUGGAAUCGUAUUUAACGGCUACAAUCGAGGAAACGAGUAGUUUCAAUGAUUUCCCCCUCUCGAAGAAAACCCUCCGCGGGUUGGCGCAAGGACAAUAUCGAAAACCUACGGCAAUUCAACGGGAAUCGAUUCUGCCGGCUCUGCAAGGAAAGGACAUUCUUGCGGCUGCCAAAACGGGAAGCGGGAAAACGUUGGCCUUUCUGAUCCCCGUGUUUGAGAAACUCUACACAAAGCAAUGGACGCGACUGGAUGGAUUGGGUGCGCUGAUAAUAACGCCGACUCGAGAGUUGGCUCUGCAAAUUUUCGAAACUGUCGCCAAGAUAGGCAAACUGCACGAUUUCACGACGGGACUCAUCAUAGGAGGACAGAAUUUGAAAGUCGAGAAAAGUCGUUUACAUCAGCUGAACAUCAUCAUUUGCACCCCGGGCCGUUUGCUGCAGCACAUGGACCAAAAUCCGCUCUUCGACUGUACUAACCUGAAAAUACUGGUCCUGGAUGAAGCGGACCGUUGCCUGGAUCUGGGUUUCGAAUCAGCCAUGAAUGCCAUCAUUGAAAAUUUGCCAUCCGAGAGGCAAACGUUGCUCUUCUCCGCCACGCAGACAAAAUCCGUCAAAGACUUGGCACGGUUGAACUUGCGGAACCCGCUGUACAUUGCCCCGCACGAGAAGGAACAGUAUACUACGCCGGCCAAACUGCAGCAGAACUAUGUAGCCGUGGAACUGGGACAGAAGCUUACAAUGCUGUGGUCGUUCCUCAAGGCUCACAGCAAACAGAAAAUCAUUGUAUUCUUUGCCACUUGUAAGCAGGUGAAAUAUUUCUACGAAGUGUUCCGGAAACUACGCCCAAGCACCCUUCUUCUUCCUCUAUACGGUGGAAUGAACCAGGAGAGACGUAACAAAAUCUACACCGAAUUCUGCUCGAAGAGCAACGUGUGCCUGCUAGCCACAGAUGUUGCCUCACGAGGUCUAGACUUCCCCAAGGUCAACUGGGUUGUGCAACUGGACUGUCCGGAGGACGCCAAUCAGUACAUUCACCGUGCGGGUCGUACCGCACGACUUAACACCAGUGGGGAAAGUUUGCUGGUACUGCUUCCCCAGGAGGAGGAAGGUGUGGUCAAGAUGCUCGAGAAGACCAAGGUGCCGAUCAACAAGAUUCACAUCGAUGAUAAGCAGCUGUUUUCGCCGCUGAUUAAAAUUCAGUCGUUUUUGGCACAGUCUCCGGAACUGAAGGAAACCGCCAAGAGGGCGUUUGUGGCGUAUGUGAAAUCGGUUGCACUGAUGAAGGACAAGAGUAUCUUCGAUGCUUCCAAACUGGAUUUGGAGGCUUAUGCGAAAUCUCUGGGUCUAUUGGUAACUCCAAGAGUUCGGUUUUUGUCUCGGAAGGAAAACAAGUCCAAGAAGUCGAACGUUAAGACCGAUGUUAAGGUGGCAUUGGACGAAAACGAUGAAGAUGAAAGUGAUGAAGAAUUCUUCACCGUCAAGAAGUCCGAAAGAUUUAGCACCAUGGAUCAACCGGAAGAGGAACCGAAUGAGCCUGAAGUUGUCACGGAAUCCAAGAAGAAGAUUACCAAGGUGAAACUGUUAAAGAAGGCUUUGGUGACCAACAAGAAGAUCUGCUUCGACGACAGUGGCAACGCAGUAGAUGAGGAGGUUCGCGAUGAAGUUUAUGACAUAGAGAAGGCACGUGCUCAGCUGAAGCUGGCGGAUGCGGAAGACAAGGAGCGGUACAAGAACCUACAGAAAGCCAAACGUGUAGCUCGGAAGGAGAAACUUAAGCGAAAGGCCGAUGAGGAAAACGAGGAAGAGGAUGACUUUGGAAGCGAUGAUGACGAGCACAGCGUGGAUUUGAAUUGGCUUCCGGACCCGGACAAGGUAUACAACGAAGACGAUCGAGAAGUAGGAAGCGACGCUUCCUCCGCGGAGGAGUUGAAGCCUGCGAAGAAGACACCGAAGAAGCGCAAGAUUGCCGACAAGAUCAGUGAUAUCACACUAAUGGAAGCCGAACAGCUGGCAAUGAACCUUCUGAAGUGAACUUUUAUUACGGAAAAUGCGUGUAAAACUUUAACGAUAACAAUAAAAGUGUUAUUUGUUCUGCCCCGUUUGUA